AUGGCUACUGGCGAAAGUUCGAAAGAAGCCACAAAGGCACCAGUGGAAACGCCGUCAAAAAUGCUACGCCAAUUAUCAAGGGCUCUUGUUCAACCUCCAUUAGAACAACAACUAACGCCAUGGAUGCAAAAAGUUUCCACACCACGAAAACGAAGAGCUUCAACUCCACAUACACCAAGGACGCGUCAAACACCUAUUAUACAUUUAACACCAAGUUCUAGGCGUCAGUCUUUGAGAAUUCAAAAUAAAGAUAAUAAAUCAAAGACGAAAAAAAUGCAAACUCCGCAAGAUUUAUUAAGAGUAUUAUCUCGAGCUCCAGGAUUUGUGCCUGAAGAAAAUUAUGAAGAACAAAAUAUAGAUACAGAAAAAGCAGAAAAUUCAGAAAUUGAUGAAUUUACAGGAGAAAAUUUUUUAGAACAUCAUGAUGAACAAAUUAUAGAAUUUACAGAAGAAAAUUUUUUAAAACAUCGACAUCAAGAUGAACAAACUAUAGAAUUUACAGGAGAAAAUUUUUUAGAACAUCAAGAUGAACAAACUAUCGAAUUUACAGGAGAAAAUUUAUUAGAACAUCAUAAUGAACAAACUAUCGAAUUUACAGGAGAAAAUGUUUUAGAACACAAUGAUGAACAAACUAUCGAAUUUACAGGAGAAAAUGUUUUAGAACAUCAUGAUGAAUUUACGGGAGAAAAUUUUUUAGAACAUCAUGAUGAACAAACUAUCGAAUUUACAGGAGAAAAUUAUUUAGAACAUCAUGAUGAAGAUUAUUUAGAACAUCAUGAUGAAGAUUAUUUAGAACAUUAUGAUGAAGGGUUCUCUGAAACAGAAAAUUUUUUAGAAAUUUCAGAUAAUGAAGACGAAAAUUCAAAUAUUCUCAAU